AUGCCCGAGAGGGAGCUGUGGCCAGCAGGGCCUGGCCUGGAACCCACGACCCGCGUCGGCAGCUGCGACAGUAUGAUGAGCACCACCUCCACCCGCUCUGGAUCUAGUGACAGCAGCUACGAUUUCCUGUCCGCUGAAGAGAAGGAGUGUCUGCUCUUCCUGGAGGAAACCAUUGGCUCCCUGGACACUGAGGCUGACAGCGGGCUGUCCACUGACGAGUCUGAGCAAGCCACAACUCCCCAAGGUCCCGGAGCACUGCCCACGACCCAGCCUGCCCCCCAGGGACAUCCCAAGGAGACAACUGGCCAAGGACCAGAGCCAAAAAGAGUGACUCCGUUCAGCUCAGCUCAUCCACCCGGGCCCCAAAGCCUGGGCCUCAGGUCUGGCUCCUAUAGCCUCCCCAGAAAUAUCCACAUCGGCAGAAACCAGAACCUCAGAAAAAGCACCACCCUGACUAACAGCCAUAAUCCAGGGGGAUCCGAGGGACUUGUCUCGGCACCUGAGACAGAGCGGGUCAGCCAGAGCCGUGAGCCCAGCCAGGCACUGGCCGCGCCCCCAGACACUGCCCUUGAGCUGGACGGAGCGCUCAUCCCCCCACCGGAGGCUUUCCAGGACAUCCAGCCCGAGCAGCGUGGGCAAGGCAGCCUGCCCAGAGGACCAGGGGAGCUGAGCCCCAGGCCCCAGGUCCACCCAUCACUUAGCUCCCAGAGAAACAGGAAGCCCGCUCCAGAGGCCAUGUCCCAAAAAGCCAGUGAGAAAGGUUCAACCGGGGAACCUGCGCCACCUCGGCCUCUUCCCCUGGUGUCCUCUCAGGAUGCAGGCACUGGAGAUGCGGCCGUCCUGUCAGGGGGCCAUCCAAGUGCCCGGCCGGCCCCCCUCACGGCCCCUAAGCCCCGGAAACUGCCACCAAACAUUGUCCUGAAGAGCAGCCGAGGCAGUUUCCACAGUGACCCCCGGAACCGGCUGUCCUGCCACUUGGAGGCUGCACCCGGGGACCCCAGCCCUACCUCGUCCUCUCUGCAGGAGCAGAGGAAGGCACGCAGGGAAGCACUGGAGAAGCUGGGGCUGCCGCAGGACCAGGAGGAGCCCAGCCUCCGCUUAAGCAGGCCCUCCAUCAGGCUCAAGGAGACUGGCACUCAGGCCGAGUCCCCGGCCCCAGCUCAGGUCCCCGGAAGGGCCCCGGCCCCUGCACCCAAGCAGGGCCCUUCUCCCGGGAAAGCACCAGCUCUGGCCCAACCGCCUUCUCCAGGCAAGGUUCUGGUUCCCACCCAGGAACCCACUCCAGGGACAGCUCCAGCUGCCAAAUCCAUGCCAAUUCCUGUCCCAAAGGGCCCACAGGCACAUGGUCCCCUGACUCAGCAAAAGCCAGAGUCUGGGCUGACCCUCCAGGAGAGUGGCGUCCCUGGCCUCAGACAGAUGAGCUUCAAGUCCAACACCCUGGAGCGGUCAGGCAUUGGGCUGAGCAGCUACCUCUCAGCCGAGAAGGCUCCCAGCCCCCAAACCAGCACCUCUCUGGAAAAAGUCUCCUACCUGGACCGGAUCUCGCCUAGCAUCUUGCGUAAUUCCCGGCCACGCCCGGCCUCCUUGGGCACUGGGAAGGACUUCGAGGGUAUCCAGGUGGGCAAGCUGGCUGACCUGGAGCAGGAGGGGGCCCCCAAGCGCCUGUCUUACCAGGGGCAGAGCCGAGACAAGCUGCCCCGGCCCCCCUGUGUCAGUGUCAGGAUCUCCCCAAAGGGAGUGUCAGAUGAACACAGAAGGGAGGCGCUGAAGAAGCUGGGACUGCUGAAGGAGUAG